AUGGCAGGAUGGAGUUUACCGACCAAGCCAAUAGUAAUCAAAUAUAGCGUGAUCCUCGUCGAGAAGAGGCCGAAGCAGUUUAACUUCCGAGGGCACAACUAUUUCUACAGCGGGCAUGUACCGGCCCAUGCCAAUCAGAAGGUGGAUUGGUUAGACGCUAGAAAUAUUUGCAGAGAAUACUGCAUGGAUCUCAUUUCGAUAGAAACUCAAGAAGAAAACAAUAUGAUCUUCAGGCUCAUCCAGCAGAACGAUGUUCCUUACAUCUGGACGUCUGGACGUCUCUGCGACUUCAAGGGCUGCGAGAACCGACGCGACCUCGAGCCCAAGUCUUUGUACGGUUGGUUCUGGUCGGCGAAUCGCGAGAAGAUGGCACCCACCAACCAAGCGCCAAACGGUUGGGGCUUCAAUCCGUGGUCGCAGACUGGCCACAAGAAGGUCAGGCAGCCGGAUAAUGCUGAGUAUGACAUCAACGGCACCAACGAAUCCUGCUUGUCCGUCCUGAACAACGUUUACAACGACGGCAUCGCUUGGCACGACGUCGCGUGUUAUCAUGAGAAACCGUUCGUCUGCGAGGACUCUGAGGAGUUGCUCAACUACGUGGCCAGCACCAAUCGCGGUAUUCGCCUCUAAAGCGAUCGCGGUCAGCCGACACCUACGUGGUGAACACGCGAUCGUCCAUCAGCGUCAUAUCAACACUCACUUUCCUUCCGUACUUCCCGUCGCGGAGCCGACGAGACACGUGCCAAAUAUAGGGACGCGGGCGAUUCUUUUCGGACAAUCAUAGAGAAUUUUUUAGAAACGUGUUAGAUGUAACAAAAAGAAAUUUCAUGAUA